AUGGAUGAAUGGCUACAGCCCUAUUCCGAAUCUGGAACUUCUAGGAAAUACAACCCUCCUCCUACUCAGGUACAUUUAGCCAGUAAUUUCAGCGGGAGCUCGCAAACACCGGCUUCAGCAUGUUUCGCAUAUGAGCCUUAUAAACAUCCACAGUCUCCAUCAAUAUCCCCUUCAGCAGCAACGAAUUAUCACCUGAGAGAGAAGGGCGGAGAUAUCCCAAUGCAUGACAAUAGUGACCCUUACAAUCGAAUAAAUUGUCUAGCACGACCCUACGAUCAACUGCACCCCUCUCCCGCAAGAGGACCUUCAAAUUAUAUUUCGCAAGAUCCGUCUCCGGCAGCUCAGCGAUUUUCCCCCAUGGACACAUCAUCUUCUAAUUCGUCGUUUGGGCCACCUCAUCAAAUACAGAAUAGACAAAGCUCACGUCAAUCACCGACACGACCCGGUAGUUAUUCUUCCCCAAUCUAUUGUUAUUCUAGCCGUCAACAAACACGUCAGAUCCCGUCUGCCACCCCGUAUUCUUCAAAAAGUGAGACACGGAAUCCUUCAGCAAGUGUGCAGCUCAACGCAGUUUUGGGAAAUGACGGGAGGUCUCCUAGGCGCCACAUAACCCAAAACUCACUUAGCCACUCGGGACGAGGCUGUGUCCUUCAAUUCGUUAAAAUACGCUCUGCAGCAGACCUCCAGCCUAAAAUAAAUUCUCAGCCAGCCUUUCGAAGAGCUGAUCCUGAAGGUGGAUUUAUUAGUCCAUUGCAAGCGCUUACGAGCCAUCUUCCAUCGACCUAUCGUAUCUGUAAUCCAAACUUCAAAUACGAAUCAUCUCGAAACCCACGUCGAGUUCUCACAAAGCCAAGCAAGGGGGUUAAGAACGAUGGCUUUGAUAACGAGGAUUGUGAUUAUAUACUCUACGUUAACGAUAUCCUUGGUUCCGAAGAAACUGGUCAUAAGAAUCGGUAUUUGAUCCUUGAUGUCCUAGGACAGGGAACUUUCGGACAGGUUGUUAAAUGUCAGAAUUUAAAGACCCAAGAAGUUGUAGCUGUCAAAGUGGUAAAAAAUCGCACAGCAUACUUUAAUCAAAGUAUGAUGGAGGUAUCUGUGCUUGACUUGUUGAACACAAAGCUUGACAAAAACGAUGAUCACCACUUAUUGCGCUUAAAAGAUACAUUUAUUCAUAGGCAACAUCUGUGUUUGGUUUUCGAGUUAUUGAGUGUUAACCUCUAUGAAUUAAUUAAGCAGAAUCAGUUCCGAGGACUCAGUACUACUCUUGUACGAGUAUUUUCCCAACAACUUCUCAAAGGUUUAAGCUUGUUAAACAAAGCACGCCUGAUACACUGUGACCUAAAACCGGAAAAUAUAUUACUCAAGAAUCUAGAGAGCCCUAUUAUCAAAAUUAUUGACUUCGGAUCUGCCUGUGAUGAAAGACAAACUGUUUAUACUUACAUACAAUCUAGAUUUUACAGAUCGCCAGAGGUUCUUCUAGGUCUACCUUACUCAUCUGCCAUCGACAUGUGGUCUCUUGGGUGCAUUGUCGUUGAGUUAUUCCUUGGACUCCCUCUAUUUCCGGGCUCCUCGGAGUAUAAUCAAGUUUCUCGUAUAGUCGAAAUGCUUGGAAACCCACCAAGUUGGAUGUUAGACAAGGGUAAACAAGCAGGGGAAUUCUUUGAAAAGAGACAUGCUGCGGAUGGUCGACGCACGUAUCACCUCAAAAGCAUGGAGCAGUAUUCGAGGGAGCAUGGGACUAAAGAGCAACCCAGCAAGAAAUAUUUUCAAGCCACAACUCUACCAGAAAUUAUUAGAUCUUAUGCGAUGCCCCGUAAGGAUAUGAAACAAACUGAGAUUGAUAGAGAAAUGAACAAUCGUAUUGCCUUCAUUGACUUUGUGCGCGGACUGCUAAAUAUUAAUCCACUAGAGCGUUGGUCCCCGCAGCAAGCGAAACUUCAUCCAUUUAUCACACAACAGAAAUUUACUGGUCCCUUUGUGCCGCCAAUGAACUUGAAGCCAAGUACUGUUUACCGUUCUCCUGCAACAACAGUUCACCAGCAAACACAGCCGCAAACUCAACCAGUUUCUCACCCUCCGUCUCAGCCGCAAACACUGCCGCAACCUCAUUCGCAAUCACAACCACACACUCAGUUACAGCAAUCUCAAUCUCAACACCAACAACAAACUGAUUCUUUCAAUAAACAAAGAGCUCAUGCUAUGCAAGCACAAUUACAAGUCCAGGCUCACACGCAGCAAUCUCAGAUCGUAGCCCAACCAUCCUACCCCAGCGGAAUCUCAAUAAACCAGUUUUCUCACUCAAAUCAGUCGCAGCCCGCACCAGCCGCUUUUAAUAGUAAUAUGUUUUCACAAGGCUCAUCUCAUCAAGCUGCCCCGCCCCCAUAUCCGCAACAAAGCUAUACUCAACUGGCCAUAAUGCCACAGUUAUCAUCUCAAAACCAACCACCACACUAUAAUAAUGGCACUUCUCAACAAAGCCUGUAUGUACAAGCCGCUGUGCGCUCUGGACGUCGAAGGGCCUCCACUAUGGAAUUUCAGCAAGGGGGUGUUCCGGUUGCCAUACAGAGGGUAGCUAGCCAUCUUGAUCCUAAUCACCCAAUUCGUCUACAACCAAGCCCGGCAUAUUAUCCACCUCCGCCUGAUGGACCGGCAGACACAAUUUAUGGUAAUGUACGUAAAGGAAAUAUCCGAUUAGCUCAAACCAAUCAGGAUGGAUCAAGAAGCAAUAGAGACUUUAUCCAAAACCUAGAAGAUCGAACUCUUGAAGAAGGCUUCAUGUUUCAAAGUCAAUGGCAUUGA